UUCUGUCCAGGGCCGAGGAGGAUGCAGCAAAAUCAAAAUCUAUGCAUAAUGUAAAAAAAAAAAUCAGCGAAAAACAUAAAACCGAUAAGAAACAAAAUGGCACUGUCCCUGCGCCGUCGAGUUCUUUCGACACCACGGACAGUCGAUUGGACUGAAAAUGGCGACGAUGAAUCGGCUGUAGCAAUUAAACCCAUCUCCACGGUACACGAAAGAACGAGGCAUCCGAUCCAUGCACGCGCGCCGGCAAGCACGCAAAGCAUACCGGCCGCAACAAGAGCAGGAACCGAAAAUGCUCAACCUCUCGUCCCACCAACGCGCUCGGCCGAGGAGAUCGCGCAGACCUGGCGAGCUCGAUCCCACGCGAUCCCAACCUCUUUUCCCGUCCAAAUCUCGCUCGCAUUCGCCCCAACGAUUCCGGCCGAUCCGGUUCGCCACCCGCCUCCGGAGAAGCCGACGACAACGGCGGCUAAACAGUAUCGCGGGGAGGAGAGAAUACAUGUAAGGGCGCCCGGAGACGGCGCGGACAAUGAGGGCCGCCGCCGGGGCAUGCUCCGGCGGCGGCAAGGACACCCUGGUGGCCUCCUUCCUCCGCUUCAUCCUCCUCUUGCUUCUCCCUCUCACCGCUCUGUAUAUCCUCUACGCCCUGCAUGCCAUUCUGUCCUCCACAUACCCGCCUGAACAUGAUCGCAUCAUGGCCGCCGCCUCCGUCUCACACGUCACCACCCACAACCAUACAUCAUCCAUGCCGCCGCCUCCCCUUAUGGUCACGGUAUCGACGCCGAGGACACCGCCUCCACCGGCCAUUGUCACGGUGCCGACGGCGAGGAUGCCGCCGACGCCCGCCACGGUCACGGUGGUGUCGACGGCGAGGAUGCCUCAACCACCCGCCACAGUCACGGUGGUGACGACGGCGAGGAUGCCACCACCACCCGCCACGGUCACGGUGGUGAUGACGCCAAGGAUGCCACCAUCACCAGCCGCGGUCACGGUGGUGUCGACGGCGAGGCUGCCACCACUACCCGCCACGGUCACGGUGGUGUCGACGGCGACGAUGCCACCACCACCCGCUACGGUCCCGGUGGCGGUGGUGACGACGGCGAGGAUGCCACCAUCACCCGCCGCGGUCAAGGUGGUGUCGACGGCGAGGCUGCCACCACUACCCGCCACGGUCACGGUGGUGUCGACGGCAAGUACGCUACCACCAUCACCACCUGCCACGAUCAUGGUGUCGACGACGCCGACGACGCUGCAGCACUUGGUGUUCGGCAUCGCGGCGUCGGCGCGCAUGUGGGAGAAGCGGAAGGAGUACAUUAAAAUCUGGUGGCGCCCUAACUCUGGCAUGCGGGGUUUCGUAUGGCUGGACCGCGGCGUGCGGGAGUCGAGGGUGCCGGAGGGGCUGCCGGCCAUCAAGAUAUCCUCUGACACCUCCGGCUUCCCCUACACGCACCGGCGCGGCCACCGCUCUGCCAUCCGCAUUUCCCGCAUCGUCUCUGAGACCUUCCGCCUCGGGCUCCCAGGCGUGCGCUGGUUCGUCAUGGGCGACGACGACACGGUCUUCCUCCCGGACAACCUCCUCGCCGUCCUCGGGAGGCUCGACCACCGGCAGCCAUACUACGUCGGCUCCCCCUCCGAGAGCCACCUGCAGAACAUCUUCUUCUCGUACGGGAUGGCGUUCGGCGGCGGCGGCUUCGCCAUCAGCCAGCCUCUGGCGGCGAGGCUGGAGCGGAUGCAGGACGCCUGCAUCCGCCGGUACCCGUGGCUGUACGGCAGCGACGACCGGAUCCAGGCGUGCAUGGCGGAGCUGGGCGUGCCGCUCACGAGGCACCCGGGGUUCCACCAGUACGACGUGUACGGUGACCUCCUGGGCCUCCUCGCCGCCCACCCGGUGGCGCCGCUGGUGUCGCUGCACCACCUCGACGUAGUGCGGCCUCUCUUCCCCAACGUGCGCUCGCGCCCGGCGGCUCUGCGGAGGCUGUUCGACGGGCCGGUGAUGCUGGACUCGGCGGGGGUGAUGCAGCAGUCCAUAUGCUACGACGCGGCGAACCGGUGGACGGUGUCGGUGGCGUGGGGGUUCGUGGUGACGGUGACGAGGGGCGUGAUGCCGGCGCGGGAGAUGGAGAUGCCGGCGCGGACGUUCCUGAACUGGUACCGGCGCGCGGACUACAAGGCGCACGCGUUCAACACCCGGCCCCUGGCGCGCAACCAGUGCGAGAGGCCCGCGCUCUACUACCUGGCGUCGGCGCGGCGCACGGUGGUGCGCACCGGGGAGACCACCGUGACGAGGUACCAGCGGUGGCGCCACCGCAACGAUGUACGGCCGCCUUGCCGGUGGAGGAUCCCCGACCCGGACGCGCUGCUCGACAGCGUCAUCGUGCUCAAGAAGCCUGACCCCGGGUUAUGGGACCGGUCCCCGAUGCGGAAUUGCUGCCGGGUGCUGUCCUCUCCGAGGAAAGAAGGGGGCGGGAACAAGACGAUGACCAUAGACGUGAGUGUAUGCAAGGACUGGGAGUACAGUCAAGUAUAGUUUCAUUCAUUCGCUCGUUAACUCAAAUAGGCAGAAAUGCAUAGGUGAUCAAAGUUUCUUUUCUUUUUCUCCUGCAUUCGCACACCUGUAAGAUACAAUCAUAGUGACACUUGGAUGCCUAGUAACAGCACACUGUGAGCGUUAAUCAGAGGAACUCCAUUACUGCUG